AUGCGUCCUGUCAAACGGUCGUUGAAGUUGCUUGAAAACCCUGGAGACAAUUUGACCGAAACGGAACAUGUGGAACAAACUAGACAGGUACGUCAUUUGUUGGCCAUCGUAAACAACUGUUUGUGCUCUCUACAACAAUUUUAAACCCCCCUAAAUUAUUAUAUUCAGGACCAAUUUUAAGUUAAAUCGUUUAUUCAUUCUAGUGUUUGUUGAAAAUUGGAGACCAUAUCAUGAAUACGACGUCGGAUUACGAAGAACAAGAGCUCGCUAGUGAAUGGAGAAAGUAA